GUCCCAAAGUCGUCUUCCGAUCAAUAUGGGAAAUGCUAGUGGUCGAGCCUAUCACUCUUGUUUACAGUCAUGGCGGCCAAUCGUGUCUCGUGUGGGAUAGAAUAUUCAAAUGUCUAUGAAUUAAACGACUGUCUGCAGGAGUCGUCAAGGGCUGGGUAUGAUUUCAUAUCCAUUCCCGUUGCACAUCCGAGGUUUAGGAGGGAGCACAUGGGUGGAAAGGCUAAAAAGAGAGAUGGCGCCUUUACCAGAUCUGAUUUACUCCUCAGUAGUUCAGAGUGGAAUAGUUUAAUAGUAGGACGUCUGAGCCAGGCGCCCAUUUUGAAUUUAGAAGCCUCUAACCAAAGUCUUCGUCUUAAUAGUGAAGAAAUCCUUAACCAGGAGUUAGUAUUUGCUUCACAUUUAGGUCUCCCAGCCAUCACCUUUUCUCUAAGCACAGAGCGAUGCACAAAUAUUGCUAGGUUAAUCCAUAAUAGAACCAUACAAGGCGUCUGCUAUCAGAUUUGGGUCAGAGUACCACUUCAAGCACCAGAAGAGGUUGCGGCCCAGUACCGCUCAGAUAAAGAGGAGAGUGAAGAUGGAUUUGCCAUUGACACAUGGAGGUGGUGGAAUAAGUUUCACAGUGUUUGUGGUAUAGAAAGGAAAAUUGGCCUUGCAUUAGAGGUAUCUGCUAAUCUUCCAGAGCAGAGCGUGAUUGACAGAUGGAUGGGUGAGCCAAUCAAAUGUGCUCUUCUCCCAACUUCUAUUUGGUUAACAAAUAAGAAAGGAUACCCAGUUCUUUCAUUUGCGCAUCAACGCCUCGUAAAAAGCUUGUUCAAGUUACAUGCACAGUUUAUUGUUUGCGGACCUUUGAGACACCAGCAUUACAAACUAUAUCAGCAGUAUUUGGAUCAUAUCAUAAGAACACAAACAGAGAUGGACCCCUUGACAGAUUUUGCCCGAGGUUACGAAGAUUAUCUUCAGUGUCCAUUGCAGCCUCUGAUGGAUAAUCUUGAGAGUCAAACAUAUGAAGUGUUUGAGAAAGAUCCCAUUAAGUAUUCUCAGUACGAAAAGGCUAUGCAUUUAGCUAUUAUUGACAAGAUUCCGGAGGAGGAAAAAGACACCAAGGAAAUUGUCUUGAUGGUUGUUGGGGCAGGCCGUGGUCCUCUGGUGCGAAGAGCAUUGUCAUCUGCAAAGGCAGCUCAACGGAAAAUUAAAGUCUACGCUGUAGAAAAGAAUCCAAAUGCUGUUGUCACAUUACAAGCACAGCAAGAUGAAGACUGGGGAGAGCAGGUAACGGUUGUCUCGUGUGAUAUGAGAGAAUGGAAUGCUCCAGAAAAGGCUGACAUCUUGGUGUCAGAGUUGUUGGGUUCAUUUGGCGACAACGAACUGUCCCCGGAAUGUCUUGAUGGUGCUCAAAAGUUUUUGAAAGAUGAUGGAAUAAGCAUCCCGAGUAGUUACACUUCGUUCUUGUGUCCACUCCAGUCACCAAAGUUGUUUAAUGAAAUAAGACACAGCAGAGAAAAGGAUAAGCAUAUUUAUGCUCACUUUGAGACGCCAUACGUAGUUUACUUACACAACAAGAAAGAAUUGGCACCGACUCAACCACUCUUCACAUUCUCACAUCCCAAUAAAGAUAAAGUCAUCGAUAAUAGAAGAUACAAAGCCCUACAGUUUCAAAUAACUACAGAUAAUGUUGUUCACGGAUUUGGUGGUUAUUUUGAGGCAGAGCUAUAUAAGGACAUAACAUUAUCUAUCAAGCCUGAAACUCAUUCCAAAGGGAUGUUUUCUUGGUUUCCUAUACUUUUUCCAGUAAGGGAUCCAUUUCCUGUCCGUGCUGGCGAAGUGGUGGAAGUACACUUUUGGAGAUGUACAACGAAGAAGAACGUUUGGUACGAGUGGUGUGUCACUUCCCCAAUUGUUGGCUCCGUUCAUAACCCCAACGGACGCGCUUACACCAUUGGGUUAUAACAUUUAGUUCCUGUAGGAAUAUAUUUUUAUAUACAUAUAUAGAGAUAUUAUAUAAAAAUUGAACAAACUGAUUUGAUUGUAAGCUCUUUCGUUUUCGUAUGCAUAAAUUUGGCUUGUGAAAAUAGGUUCAGUUGUUUAGAGGUCCAGUUUUGUAAUAGUUAUGUUGAAGAAUAAUUGAAGGCGA